AAGAACCUUAAUACCCACCAUCACCCACCCCUAGCUAUAAUAUAUUUGAGCAUACAGUAGUGCAGUGAUACUCAACUUAUUAACAAUCUGGCCUGCAAAUUGUUUUGUACUUUGAAUGUAGGCUAAAUAAGGUCCCAGAGUGCAUAAAAUAGCAUCAAAGAUGCCCAGGCUGGGGUGUCGGUGGCUUAGUGGUAGAGCAGGCGCCCCAUAUACAAGGCUGUUGCUGCAGCGGCCCGGGCCCAGGCUAAGCUCUCACUGUCCUUGUAUAUACUGAUGAAUAGCCUAUUGUUAAUGUUUGUUGAUUAACUGGCCCCUAGCCUCCUGUCAAUUUGCAAAAGAGGCCCCCAGGCAAAGCAAGCUGAGGAUCCCUGCUGUAGUGAAUAGCUCUAAAUAGCAGUAAAAUAUUGACGCCGGUAGGAGGCGACACAGUUCAAUAAACAGUGUUUCUAUCUAUCUAUCUAUCUAUCUAUCUAUCUAUCUAUCUAUCUAACAUACCUGUACCACUUAAUUGCAUUUUUUGUGUGCGGUGCUGAAGCAAGGAAAUGUAUGAGUAGGAUACUGUGUACAUCAGCAUUAGGUCUCGUGCGAUAGCACGGAUAUACGGUUCUCGCGGUCUCACAGUCACGCACGCACGCGAGCACAUGCAUUACGAUUCGAGUAGACACAAGCAGAGCGCGAGAGAUGCAGGUGUGUAAACAACGGUGAGCUCGCGGUGUGUUUUCGUCUCCAUUGUAUGUUUUCUCUCUAUGAAGCGAAGGACCUAUCACCGUCGAAUCACUGUUAAAACUUUGUGCGCGCGCGCGUGAGUGUAAGAGAGAGAGAGAGAGAGAGAGAGAGAGAGAGAGAGAGAGAGAGAGAGAGGAUUACCGUCGCCUAAACCGUGUGCGCCUCACUCGUCUCCACCUCGCGCGCUCACCUGCACUGGGACUUUAUUGAAAAGCACUUUUCUAUAAGAGAUCUCGCGCCGUGCUCCUCUUGCUGCCUAAACGCCAGGUGAUAUGGAUUAAGCGACUUAGUGUCCGAGGAAGGUGCUGCGCUUUUUCGAAGUUGUUCCACCCCCAGGACGAUGAGGACGGCUCGCGCUGCGCUCAGGGGGGAUUAGAGUGGAGACACCCGCUACCCAGUAAGGAGAUGAAGACACAUCACGCUGGUCCUCUUCAGCAGAACGAUGGAUGGAGAGAAAGCAGAGCGGGACUGUAACUGGCGCCUUCAUGGAGCCCUGAUACACAGGGCAGAGAGCAGGUAAAUGGAGGUGCAGGACAGGAGCCGCUCGCCUUCCCGUAGAACUAGUCGGGUGGAGCAGGUGGUGGGACGAUGGCUGAGACGAUCCCGGGACCUGGGCAGCAGGUCUCACUCUCUGAGCAGAGACCGGGUUGCAGUGGAUGGGAAGCCAGCAGAGUGCAGUGGCUCUGAUCAAAGGAAUUACCCCUUCCGCUUCAUUGUUCAGAUCCAGCGGGACCCAAAUCUCAACUCUCAUGGCCUCACUCUGUCUUCCCAGAACCCCAUCCUGGUGCAGGAGGUCACCCCAGGUGGUCCUGCAGAUGGUCGUCUCGUCCCUGGCGACCAGCUUGUGAAGAUCAAUAACAUCGCUGUCGAAGACCUGACCCCGGAGCAAGCUGCUGAGAUAAUCAGGGAGUGUCAAGAUACGCUGACAAUGACUGUCCUCAGAACGAUGCUGGGCCCAAAGUCAUCAUUCAUCACACCAGAGAAGAGGGCCAAGCUCAGGUCCAACCCUGUGAAAGUUCACUUUGCUGAGGAGGUGGAGGUCAAUGGACACUCUCAGGGCAACUCACUGCUCUUCCUGCCCAAUGUUCUGAAGGUGUAUCUGGAGAAUGGGCAGACCAAGGCCUUCAAAUUUGACCCCAACACCACAGUCAAGGACAUUGUGAUGACACUGAAGGAAAAGCUUUCUCUUAGCCAUAUUGAACACUUCUCCCUGGUGUUGGAGCAGCAGCACAGCAUUACCAAACUACUGCUGCUACAUGAUGAGGAGAGGAUACAGCAGGUGGUUCAGAAGAAAGAAGCCCAUGACUACAGAUGUCUGUUCCGUGUUUGUUUUAUGCCCAAAACCCUCCAGACGCUGCUGCAGGAGGAUCCAACUGCCUUUGAGUACCUCUACCUGCAGGGGGUGAAUGAUGUGCUGCAAGAGCGUUUUGCAGUAGAGAUGAGGUGUAACACCGCACUGCGUCUCGCUGCGCUGCACAUCCAGGAGAGACUGGCAAGCUGUGGACAGUCACCAAAGACCAACUUGAAGAUGAUCACGAAGACGUGGGGCAUAGAGAACUUUGUGUCAUCCACCUUGUUGAGGAAUAUGCGAGAAAAAGAUCUGAGGAAGGCCAUCAGCUACCAUAUGAAGAAGAGCCAAUCACAGAAUGAUCCCAAGCAGAAGGGUCUGUCAGUAGAUCAGACACGGAUAAACUACCUAGAGGAGCUGAGUGAUCUCAAGUCAUUUGGAGGGAAAUCCUUCAGUGCCACCAUGAUGCUUCAGGACAGGGAGUCAAUGGUGACCUUGUUGGUGGGGGCACGCUACGGGGUGAGUCAGGUGGUCAAUCACAAACUGAGCAUCCUGUCCACCCUCACAGAGUUCACCAGCAUCACACGCAUUGAGCUGCUGCCUGAAUCUGACAAGGUCAGCCUGGUCAAAAUAUACUUGCAGGAUAUUAAGCCCAUCACAUUGCUAUUGGAGUCAGCAGCCGCCAAAGAUAUGUCCUGCCUAAUAGCAGGGUACUGUCGAGUGUUUGUUGACCCUAACCUCAACAUCUUCCCCUGGAUACAUGACUCCAGGAAGCACAGAGUGUCUGCUGAGGAAGGUUAUGUGUCACGGUGUGGCAGCGACUCAGACUCCUCAGAUCUGGACAUGGAACCACUGGUCACACAGGUGUCUCAUGACGAAAAGCCCUGCCCUCGUGUCAGGUCCUCAUCAGACCCAGAGGGAAGAAAAAGGAAAGAAAAAAACACAAGAAGAAACAAAGAUGGCAAAGAAAAGGGGGAUACACCUUGGGAGGAUAAAAAGCAAAAGGAAGAAAAGGAUGCUGACCCCGAAAAGGAAAAUUCUCCCCUAGAUAAGAAUAGAGAGAGUGAGAAUGAAGAUACGGAGCAGAAGGAGGAGUCGGAGGAGAGAAUGCAUGAUGGUCGCCAAAUGCCGAUCCAGAUAACAGACAAUGAUUCAGGGGACCAUGGGGGAAAAGUGGGACAACAAGGUGAAAUGGGAGGUGGAGAAGCAGUGCGAGCAGCAGAAGAGCAGCCAUCUGUGUCAGAAGCAUCAGAUUCUUGUAAUACUGACUCUCGUGUCCUCACCAGCCCCUCCAGUGACUCCCUCGAUGCUUUGGAGGAAGAUGACUUCGUUUCAUGUUCUUCUUCCUCUGUCCACCCCAGUGCUUCUUCUCAAACUCUUGCCCAUAGCCACGCUCCCCUCCACCUUCACCCAUACACUUAUAAACACAUUCAGCCCCACCUCCUUGCCCCGCCACCAGCUCAUGCCCAUCCCCUCAUCCACCUCACAACUCAAGACAAAGGAGGAGGCUGCAGGAGGUCAGGCGACGGAGCCGAUCCCCAACUCCUCACUCCCAUCUCCCCCUCUUCGAGUCUUCACCACCACCAAAAAUAUCCAGGUAACCUCUGCUCUGAUGACACUUCCCUGUGUUUUGCUGACCUCUCCCGCCUUGUGGACUUCCUGCCGAGUCCUCCAGAGGCCAGUGAGGAAGAAGAUGAAGAAGAGGAGUUGAGGAGGAGGAGGAGGAGGAGGAGGAGGAAUAUGUUGAAAGAAACGGGGGAGUCAGAAAGAGGAGCAGGUGAAAGAGGAAGCGAAAGCAAGGAGGGCAGUGUUAAAGAACAUCCACUAUCCCCUUCUCCAUCCUCCCCCUCUUCCCACAUGGACUAUGUGUUUAACUUUGACCAAAGCGAUGCUCGCUGCUACUACAAACUCUGCUCCAACAUCACCCCCGACAGCGCCCGCAGUCUUCCCCACCCGCUGCAUCAGAAUGAGGGAGAAGACUGGGACCAAGAGGGAGAUCCAGCUAAGGCGGUUGACCUGGAGCCUGUCCCCAUCCUUCAGCCACCACCUGGCUUUGGAGACAGCAGCUCUGAUGAGGAGUUCUUUGAUGCCAGAGAUGGCUUCACCUCACCGGAAGACUCAACCUCAGGGGCCAUACCAAGAGAUGUUCGCACAGAGAUGAAACUGGACUUCCUCAGCACACUCAGCCUCAGUGACAUCAGAGUCUCAGUGACAGAUGCAGACAGUGAUGGAAAAGUGGAAGAAGAAAGAAAAGGAGAAGACGAGGAGGGAGGAGGCAGAGAAACAUUGUUCCAGCUCAGAAAAAGAUGCCGUAAGCGCCGUUCCUUCAUGGAAACUGAUUACACCUCUAGAGUGUCAUAUCCAGAGCCAGAUCCAGAAAUGCAGGGCCUUGUCUCUAAUAGGCUUCAUAAGAACUUGUUGGCAGAAGCCAAUGAUGCACAGAUGCUGAGUUCAGAUCCUGAACCUUCAGCACAAACCCAGAAUCCCAGUCCUACUGUCUCCUCGUUGACUCACUCUGAAGGGGAACCGGCUCAGCUCGAGUCAAAACCCAUCCUGUCCAUACCCUGCACCUAUGGACCUGGCUCUCCACAUGGUUUGGAGUCCCAUGAGCAGACUAGGGCUCCACCGGCCCCCUCCAGGACCAGGAAACAAGAAAUGGAGAUGGAACCUGACGCAAUGGAAUCCAAAUCGGUCACAGAUCUUGUAAAGGUAGCAGCUCCUACCAUCACCGUUGUCCGCUGCCGGGUUGAUCCAGAUGGGAAGGAGAGUGCUGAUCGAAGGGGUGACGGAAAGGAGGAAGGGGAGGAACAGAAGGAGAUGGGUGAGGGAAAAGAGGAGGGAGAGAAGGUAGAGACAGCGGGUUUGUCAGGGAAUGGACCUUUCACUAAACAUAUGUUUUUGCCAGAAAGCACUGAGGAGCAAGAAGAAGAGAAGAAAGAGGGGGUGAUAGGGUACUCAUCCAGUUCAAAGAGACCACCCCUAGGUGCUGAGAGGCAGCCAGAGGGCAACACACUGUCUACAUGUUUGAUAGAGGUGAAUAAAAAGAGUAGUAAUGGCCUUUUGGGAGUGCAUCUGAUUGGCUUAGAGCAAAACACAUAUGUAGAAGAACAUAUGCUUGAAGGUGUUUGUGAGACGUCAAAUCCACCAUCACACUCACCACCACCCCCUCCACCCUCAACCCCUCUACCUCCCAUAGCAGGUCUUCACAAAUCCCAAAGUGACUGUUUUGUAGGGGAAGAAGGAGGCAGCAAAAACACGGGAACCUCAACCACAAUGUCUUUUUCUAAUUCUGAGGAGAUGCAACUCUGCAAACUGAGUCACACUAACAAGGCACAUUUACGUGAAGACAUCACCACUAGUGUUAAUGAGGUUGAAACCGCUGGUGUUGUUAGCUCUACUGCGACUACCAGUGAUGAAGUUACUGACAGCACCAAUUCAGACAAUGUUUUUGAUGAUGAAGAGGUGAGUAAUUCUUUAAAUUCUAGUUUAAGUGACAAGAAAGAUGACUUGGCCAUAGUUACAAAGCAUGGCAUCAGUGGAAAUUCAGCUACAGCUAGUAAAGGUGAGUCUAAAAGUACUGUCAAGUCUCUUACCAACACUGAAGCACAUACAAGAAUUUAUCAAGUAAAUUCUGAUUAUACUCGAGCUAUAAACUCUAUCACCGCAAAGCUGGGAGCUGCAACAAGUGCCACCUCUCCUACAUUUAAUGCAGGUGCUAAAUUGCAAAGUUCUUCCGAUUCGGAUCAAAAUCCAGACGAACCCAGAAGUGACUGCACUUUGCUAAGUGCUGAAGCUAAAGGUAGUUUAGCUUGUCCUAGCUUAGUUAACACAGCCACAUUCCAUGAUAUCUCCAAAGCGCCUCCUUCUCCAACUAACUUCCUCUUUCAGACCUAUUCUCCGAGCAUUAUCAAUCGCUUAUCUGCCUCCACACUAAGGGGGAAGAUUCAAAAGUUGCCCCUUUAUUUAUCACGCUCCCAGGAAACCAUCAACCAAGCAGGGCUGGGGAAUGUAACUCAGAGUUCCGUUGAGGACAGCAGUAGGGACGACAUCGAGAUCACCAUCAAAGUUACGGAUGUUGAUGAUGUCACACAAACAAUAGAGACGGGCACAACAGUAGAAUCAGUGGAGUCGGAUGAUUCAGAUGCAACGGUAACAGGAUCUGAGGUGGAUGAGGAGUUUUUUGUUGAAACAAACUCAGCUAAGAGUUUUCAUUCAGUGUCAGAGGUGAAGGAAGUAAGCUCUCCAUUGCCUGUACAGACUGAGCCCAAAUCCGAACACCAAAAUCAGCUCCUGUACACUGGAACUGUCAAGAACACACCUGGACCAAUAACCAAGCCUCCAGCCUCCACAGUGAACAGCCUCCGAAGAGACACUUCAGGCCUAAAGAUGGACACUCCUGGCCCUAUAAAAGAUGCUCCAGAAUCAAACAUGAAGGUCGCAAGUCCAGGUGAAGACUUUCCAGGUUAUAAACUGAACUAUCAGUCGCGUUCUGUUCCCCCUCCGGUCGUGGUGACCACACAGAAUCUAAAUGGGCCAGCACUCCCUUUUCAUAGUCAGCCACAGAAAGUAAGACGGACCAGUAGCGACAGACCUUUGAUGGGUCUUUGUAGGCCUACAGGGCAGAAUUCAAACUCAUCAACAACACUUUCCUCAGGCUGCAGGGUGUUUACCAUCUGUGAGGAUCCAUCCCAGACAAAGAGCCCGGUCGAGGUGGGGACUACCCAACCCUUGAAGUCUGACUUUGGCUGCACUUCUGUGCUAGCGUCUGGAUGUGAGUCAGUUGUGGAAAAGGUGCAGGUGCCGCUGGAUGCUUGUGGUUGCCCAACAGUCUAUACCAACUGCUUCAGCAGCGGGGACAGCUUUGACGAGGAGCUGACAGUCUACGAGUUCUCCUGUCGCACACAGAGCAGCGGUGUGACUCAGACUUCUGGAGCAGGUCUUCCUCUCAUUACCUCUCCAACCAUUCCCACCUUUCUUUCCACAUCCUCCACUCACUCUCCCUCCUUCCCACACUCCAUCAUUUUCUCCUCCUCUACCUCUGAGCUCAGUCCUCUCCUCUCACCACUGUCUGAGUCCUCUGACCAUCUCCUGUCUCAAACACACAAGAACACCAUCAGUCGGUUAGGGCAACAGCGCUACCCAGAACCUCCAACAGGUUUCCAAGUACUGCGCGUAGAUGUGGACCAGCUCCUCUCCAUUCUGGAAAGUAGUGGUGCUGACCGAUCUGUGGCAGGCCAUGGAGGUCGUCACCCAAGGGACACCUGCCCAGCCCACUUUACAGAGAACAAGAGGGUGCUCCAGAUAGAGGCACGGCGGCUGAUGUCAGGUUGCCAGAAGGUUGUGGGGAUUGGACAGAGCCCCGAGGAGAUGCUUUACUCCCUGGCUGACAGUUUCCGGACCCUGGUGGAGUUGGCAGGUAUAUGCCUGUGGUUCUCUGGUUGUGAAAGGUGUGACCGCAGAAACGCAGAGGCAGUUGCAGGUCUGGCAGAUGUUGCCCGUUCAUUCAGGGACUUCUGUCUGGCAGCGGAGCGAGCCAGCAGCAAGCGUAGCUGCCAGGACCUGAGCACCAAGCUGCUAGCAAAACAGUGCACUGCGCUCACUGCAUCUGUCUUCUGCCUCACUCAGCUGUUCCGCACCCUCACUGCACUAUGAUUGAACCACAACCUCUGAAGUCUUUUGAAAUGACCUGCAGGGAACCUGUGUGUGUGUGUGUGUGUGUACCUCAGUGAGCCCACAGCUGCUGCAGGUGUGGGCAGAGUGUGACCCAGGACAGUCAUGUAUAGGAUGGGCAGUGUGAGGUGAGAUUACCUCAGAAACACACUGGAGUCACUGAGCUCCAUGAUAGUUCAAAUGAUCACAAAAACUCAACAUCAUAGAGCCGAUUUGAGAUGGUUGAGGUGCAUGUGGUUACUGACUCUGCUGUGCACGUACUGUAGCCCACAAACCAAACAGUCAGCCAGCAACAGACUGUAGAUUGGUGCAAGCUGCAAAAGCAGAAUCUGCUUGCAUUCCAGUGUUGAGGAACUGAUGUACUUGAAUGUAUUCUAUCUAUUGUGUUUAUUUAUUUAUUUAUUCAUUUAUUCAUUUAAUUAUGAGUUACUGCAGUGAGCAAGCAAGGAAUGUAAAAACAAGGAAGAAAAGGAAAUGUUUACAGGCAUAUCUUUAGAUAGAGCAUAGUGUCGUGGGCCUUCUACAAACAUUCGCAAGCACACAACCUCAAAUACACAGAGUGAAUCAGUAUUUGAUUCCAUUCAUACACAGGCCUUUUGUAUGACUGAAUGAACAUGUAAAGAUAAGAAACACUGCAGUUUACUGAUGCUUAUAUAUCCUUACAUUCUCCAAGCUGUUGGUGAGGACUUCUUUGAAUGUUACUGUUUACAAAACCAAAAACUAGGGUGAGAAAUUAUUUGAUCAGAUUCCCACAAAUCAAGCCUGAAGCAGUGUUUGCCAUUUUAUAAAUCUAGUAGCAGAAUGCUGAUGUAUGCUCAUUAUGUAACUUUAUGAAACAACAGUUUGGAUGAGAUACAGAUCUUUGCACAUUCAGUUUGUUGACAUUUUGUACAGACAUUUAGUAUGACUUGUGGAAACAUAAUACAUUUGCAAGCUUUUCUCUCAUUUAUUUGUUAACACUCUCUUUGUUCACCUCCAGAAGAAACACUGAACUCUCCAGUGCAUGGUGAUGUGGCUGUCAACCACCAGGCUUUUCCAUACAUUUAUUUCUUUUUUUCUAUUUAACAUGUCCACUGAGAGCAAGAAUCUUCAUUCUAUAGGAGACUUCCCAGUAAAUAUGUAUGAUAUGUGAUAGUGCUGGGCGGCAUACCGGUCUAUCCAGUAUACGGGUAUUGGGUAUUCCAGGUGAUGUGAAUUUUUCAUUUACCGUCAUACUGCUACAGAGCUGCAACAGCUGCUGAAGUGUGUCAGUAAACAGUGAAGAGCACACUAACAGAACUCUACACUGAAUGGGAGAGGGGAGAACUAUCAACUGCAUACCCUUCUUAUAACUUAUAGAGAGGUGAAGGAUGAAGAAAAAGAGACUAGAGAUUAGGGAUGCACGAUAAUAUUGGCACAUCAUCGGUUUUGCGUAUAUUGGCUUUAAAAUGAACAGAAUCAGAAUUGGCCAACAUGCUUUUUUCUUAUUUUGCACAAUGAAUGAAUAUUACAUACUUUGAAAAGUGUUGUAUUUUAUGUCUCUAUCUGCUGGUGGGCCAUCAUAAGAGCAUGCAUGCUUAAUGUGAUGUUAAUUCCACUACAGAAGAGAUUUGAUGAUCACUAAAAUUAGAUGGGGAAAAAAGUGGAUUUAUCAAUCGAUCAGUAUUGGUUAUUGGCCAAAUGAGUUGUUACGUAUCGGCAUAUCGGCAAAAAAUCCAAGGAAGUUUUUUUGCUUUAGAAAUCCAGCAUAACAUUAGUUUUCCGGGCAGCUGUUGUUGCGAGUGGUGGUAACACUAGCAGCUUAGUCCAUCAUCACUUCAGCAGAAAACGUGUUGAUAUAUGCAGUUAUGGUCAUCAGAUUUGAGGAUGUCAGUAGCGCCAGUGAAACAGUGAAACCAAAGGGUCAGACAUAGCCUGAAGCGAAUUUGCUCGAGGUGCUGCAUCAAGUGGAAGAGCGCGAUUAUGAACAUAAUAACACUCCACCAAUUCAAGGAUAUGGUCUGGCUACAGACAGUAGAGAAAGAGAGACUCAGAGCAAUGGUUAAGACACUGGAUUCGAGGUAUGUCUUAAUGGGGCAAAAAUACCUUAAUGUGAAUUAUUGUUUGGCUUGUUUUUUACUUAUACAGUAGAAUAUUUGAGAGAUAUCUCUUUGAAUACUUAAAUACUUUGAGUAUUUACGUUUAUUGUGGCUUAUUCUACUGUCAGGAGGACAUAAAAUAUAAAAAUAUUUUAAUAUUAUGUAUAUAUUGAAGGCUUCGAUUACUGUGUUUCACAAAAAUAUCAAAAUAUUUUGUUUUGAAAAGUGUCAGUGUUGAAGUUUUUAGCACAAUAAAAAAGUUUAACAUUCUGCAGCUGUUUCAUGCUUCCAGGUUCCAUCAUUAUCAUGUGAUUGUGGGGCCAAGCAAACCCUAUGUAAUCUCAGCCUUCAGUAUAUUUGAUGGCAUUAAAAUGUUUUCAUAGGUAUUUUAUGUAAUCCUGACAGUAGAAUAAGGCACAGUAAACCUAAACGGAGGCCCAGUCAAGCAGAACAUGAAAAAUAAAAACAAAUACCAUGAUACAAAUUUUUGGUCAUACCCCCCAGCACUAGUAUGUUAAGCUCUGUUUCCACCGAGCAGUACAGUACGGUUCAGUUCAGUUCGGUCCACAUUUCUUUCCAUUUCUGCUGUGAAAAGUUGUGGAUGGUACCAGUGGAACUGUUCCAUACCAUUCCCAUUUUUGGCACCCCUUCUGUUGGGGUACCUAGCACACAGAUCUGGUACUAAAAGGUGGAGCUGUGAACACUGCAGUCCAUUGAUUGGUCAAUAGCGGAUGGUCACUCUGCUCAGGGUUGAACUGUGGCUGGUUUUGAAGCUCAUGUAAUCACUGUUCAUACUGUGGAGAGUUUCACAGUAGACUGUAACUUUAAAAUGAAAAGAUGUCUUGAUGCCUCUUGCAGAAGCUGUAGUCGGAGUAAAAAAUAAGCUUGUUCACCAGGCCGACUGCCGGCAACUUUUAACGUGGAAUGUUAACUUGUAAUGUAACUCAAUGCAUGAGUUCAGGUUGUGAAUCAAUCAACACACCUUAAUUUUUGGUUUUUAUGUGACAUACAUUUUUAGUAAUGAGUGGUUUACAUAUAUAUAUAUAUAUAUAUAUAUAUACCUGUGUGUGUGUGUGUGUGUGUAUAAAGUUUGACUGGGUUAUGUGAAUGGCAUAUAUUCUAAUCCUCACUAGGAGGAAGAAAAAAAAAAAAAGCAUAGCGCAGCGUCUUUCCUGUGGGCGUCGGCAACACUAAACCCCAAGCUUGCCUGCGAAGGACUAUAUGCACAAACCCACUAUUUAAAUAUCCCACUGCUCUGAUUUUUGUGUCAUUGUGCAACCCUGUUCUGCGGACGAUAAACGAGGUGCAGACUUCCAUCCAGCGAGUGCUGGACAGAGCAGUGAAUGACAACAACCCCCGCCCACAUGAAAGAGUACUGUUUGUGGUGGAAACGCAAGGGUUUAGGUGCCAUGUCUGAAAGGUUACUUUUGGUUCCAAAGGUACCACACCAAAACUGUUUGGUGGAAACAUGGCUUUACAUAGUUUUAUGAGAAUCUUAAGAAUCUUAAAUUUCAAGCAAUUGUCAAGCUUUUUCAGAUCAUAAACAUCUGCACAUCUCUUGCUGGGGUUUGGGGACAUCGACUUAGACUGCAAUGUCCCUCACACUAAGUGCAUUAUUAUUACAAAUUUUCCAGUAUGACCAUCAAUACUAGCAAAUCGGUGACCGAACAGAACACAGAUAGCCCCAGCAGUGCAGGAUUACAGUAUGUAGCACUGUUGGCUAUCUGUAUGCGCUUUUUACCUUCUGAGUGAGACUAUCUAAGAAGAUCUGACUGAUCCAACCAUUGGUUGACAGCCCAUCACUAGAGUCCCUUGAACUCAACACAUCCAUCACAGAAUCAUGUAGCCUAAAACACUGAUUUAUGUGAAGCUUAUUGUGGAUAAGCUGUCAUAUUACAGCAUUUUCACUUGGAAUGUUUCUUGAAAUAACAGGGAUUGAUGCACAUAGACCUGCAUGUUCACUGGAGAAAUUAAAAGUUCUCAGAAAUAAUUUCACCACUGCAGUACUGGAAACACAAUUAAUUGCCAACAGUGACAGUGGUUCUCUAUAUACGUAAUAAUAGUGGCAAUUGAAACACUAUUUGUUAACUUGUCCUGUUUUGUUCCCUGUGGGUACAACGGAAUAUAAUUUCCUGUAUUUUAUCCCCAGUUUGCAGCAGAGAAGAAUAUAAGCAGCCUACUUUUACUGAUUUCCAUGAGAAAAUUGCCCCCAGACAAAUGGAAAUGAGCAACUUUUUGUAAUCAUCAUCUGUGCUCACCAAGCAUGCUGUAAUAAGCCAUAAAAUGCAUUGUUUCAUCAGGGAUUUUAUCUGUGAAUGACUGAAUGAUGACGUCUGCUCUUGCUUUGUAAUCCUCAAUCUCCACCAUUAAAAACAAUGUCAAGAACUUCUUUCCAGUAUUCCUUUAUUGCUCAUCUGCUUGUACAGUCUUUGCUCACUCAGCCAAACAGCCACCAGGACAGGUUCAUACAGACAAAACAUAGCCCAAGUUCACUUUUACAUAAACACAGAACUUCAAUAAUGAAGCCAGCAGUCAGUGUGGGUCAAAAUGCCAUAACAGGCU